GAUCAUUGAUUUUUCUCCAAAAUAAAUGUGCAUCACUGCUUCAUGUUUGAACUAUGUUGGGCUUAUAUUCUGAUGUAAUUGCUAGAAGUAGAAUUUCACUGACCAGCUGCUCACUUAGCUGAGUAUCCUGGCAGAAUGGAGGAAAUCCCCAAAGGCCGUACCACUUAUGAAGCAUUGACUCAUCUCCAUGAUGACCUCAACAGUGUUAUUCAAGAUCAUAUUUAUCCUAACAGAUGGAAGCUGUGGCACACAGUUUUAUUGGAGGCAUUUGGACACCGUAGUACACUUUCUGUGUUCCGAUGGCCUGCUGGUGUGGCAUUCCUCUGUGCUGCCUUGGUUUUCCUCAUUGUGGGAUUGCUUGACAGCAACAGCAUCAGGUUUUCUUGCGUGGCUGGAGUUGGUUUGUUGCUCAUGUUGCUGUGGUGUCUCGACGUCACCAUUGUGCUCAGGGAAGCCUAUUUACGUCACUCAGAGAUGACCACUCUUGCUUCUGACCUACUGGCUCUCAUAAAAUCAGAAGCAGGGUACACUGAGUGGUCAGCACGACACUACCCUCACCUGCACUCACCGCAGUCACCGUGCAUCAGCCUGCAGUGGUGUGUCAGGGACGGCAUGGUUGUCAACCUGCCUGCUGCACUGCUUGUUGCUGGCGACACCGUCAUGCUGCGACCAGGACAGAAGCUCAUGGCCGACUGCGUGCCUAUGGGACCUCACAACGAGCCCCUGGCAGAGUGCGGCACGUUGCUGGCGGGCUCGAUUUACUCGACGUCCGUGGAGGGCCAGAGCGGCGAGGCGCUCGCGUCGCCCAAAGUGCGGCUCCCGAAUGUGCCCAAGGCGCACCGCGUGCUGCAGACGCCCUUUGUUCCUGUGCUGCGCACGCUCCUGCAGGAGGCCGCGCAACGUCCUGUGUCGGUCCACCAGAAGCAGAGGAACGUCAUGGCCUGGGUCAUGGAGGCCAUACUUGUGCCAGUUUUGCUCGUCACCUGCAUGUUGGUAAACGGCACUCGACUCUACUACGGAGUUUGGCUGAAUUCUGCACUGUCACCUCACCCGUCUUACUACAGCCUCCCGUACAACUCCUCUCACGUCACAUCCUUACCGUCACACGACAGCGCUGGGCUUGUAGCUACUGAAAGUCCCUCCGAUCCUGUGACCGAGACCGGCGGCCAGAGCUGCUUCAGUGACGCAGCCUCUACAGGAGAGAGCCUAGCGUGCGGGGACCUGAUGGAGGCGCUGUUCCUAGUGCCCUUCUGUGUGGUGCUGCCUCUGCUGCCGCUGCUCCUGCCGUGUGUUUGGUCCGUGUUCAGGAUCGUGUCGUCCUCGAUUGUGCUGUCGCUGCACGCAUCAGCUGCAGGCAAAACAAGUCACAGCCACAGCGCUGACGCUAGCAACGGGCUCGGCAGGAAGAGGCGUGGCAGUGGUCACUCGGACGGGGGCGAGGGGCAAGACUCUGCCCACCUGUGCCCCCCUGACCCUCCCUCCCCCACUGAGGACGGGUCGCGGGGCUCAGACUCCCCCAAACUUGGAGCCGUACGCUGGUCCGAGGUGUGGCCCCACGUCCUGCAGCUCGCCCUGGGCCGCCCCAACACCUGCGUCAGGAGCUCCAACUUGCUGCACGUCCUCGCCUCCCUCACGAGCAAGACAAACCUCCACUCGAGCAGCGGCUCCCUCGCUGCUGACGAAGAUGCCUUCUCGGAUAAUCUCGUGAGCGUCGGCAGAGGAAACACCGACGGUGCUGACAUCUCCACCCUGCCAUCUGCCAACACUGUCAGCCCGGAGUUUCCUGACCACUUGCCACCAGCUGUCGAGUCUGAACCCAUCCUUCUGUCCCUCACUCACGACCACGCCACUCCCUUUGGCCUGUCUUUUGACGAGCCCCUGUGGCGGGACUUCCUUGGCUCCCUGAAGCCCCUGGGGCUGUCGGUGCUACUGAACACCUGCCACCCCGACACGCAGGCGCACUACACCGCCUUCUGCGGCCACCUCGCCAACGAGGCAGCCUACACCCAGGACCUGGUGCCCGUCUCCCAGCGAAGAUGUCUAUGCGAGCUGGCGCGCCAGAUGGGCUUCUCGCUCACAGCCCAAGACCCCUUCAAGCUCGAGCAUCAGCUCUCCGUGUUCAGACACGUGCCCUCAGAGCUGGCAAGUAAGGGCAGGCUGGCGAGGUCGCUGAUGGUCUCCAAGCUGAAGUUCCCCUUCCCUCACCUCGUGUCCGUGCUCAUGAGGGACGCCAACACGCACAAGCUGGAGCUCCUCACGCAGGGCACCGCCGACAUCGUGUUGGACUCCUGCUCAGAUUACUGGGACGGCUCAGACCUAACCCCGCUCACUGACAAAGACAGGAAGAAGCUGCUGGAGUUCUAUCAGCGCACGGCGCUGUCCGCGUACUGCACGGCGUUCUCGUACCGCCCCAGCCCCUGCGUGGUGAACACCGAGCUAACCCACCUCUACAUGGAGCUGCCCACUGACCCAGCCCACCUCUACACACGCAGCCCUACGCCCUACAACAGCACAGAGGCGCUGUUUGGUGACGAGGCGCACACGGAGUACGAAGAAGUCAACGACGUCGACGAUCUCUUCCACAUGCAGUGCAAGCAGAUCUUCAUCGGCAUGGUCACCAUGCAGUACCAGGCCAAGAUUGACAUGGUUCAGCUGAUAGAGCAGCUGGAAUCAGCUUGCAUUCGUUUCGUCCACUUCAGCAAGGAAAACGAACUGCGCUCCCGAGUUUUCUCUGAGAAGAUGGGACUGGAGAGCGGCUGGAACUGCCACAUCUCCUUGCUGGAUGACAAGAAUAAAGGCAGUGGCGACGGCAGCGCAGCGUGUGCGUCACUGCGCGCGUCAGGACAGUCGCUGCCGCGUGCCUGCAAGGAGACGCUCACCGCUGCCAGCGCGCGGCCUAAGUCAAGUCAGCGUAGCAAGAGCCUCAAGCGACGACUGGUCCCUGGCAAGAGCGCCCUGCACGGCAUGAAGGUACGCAGCCACUCCGCCCCCGCGGCCAUCAACGUAGAGGCUGAGGGCGUGAGGUGCGAGGACGACGGCUCGGUCUGCUCCUCGGUCUCAUCCUCAGUACUGCAUCGUCACCUGGGGAGCUACAAAACUCGCGCUGGUGUUCAUGGUCACCGCGAUACUCCGACCGACGCAACCGUCACUAUUGGCAUCGAAGAAUUCAGUGGUGAGACUGAGGUUGAUGAGCCCGAGGGCCAGGAUGACAGGUUCCUCAAGGACCCUCUGAAGGACUUCCACCAUCCCUCGUACAGCUCCCGGGAGCCCUCACAUACAACUGAAAGUUCAGAUCACUCCACAUGCUUCAACUUCGAUAUGUCCAAUAGGGCUCGCUUACCCAAAGGAAUCAACAACAUCAGGCCGCACCUGAAGGACGUGGACAACGUUCCUCUGCUGGUGUCGCUCUUCACGGACUGCACGGCAUCCGCGACUCAGCAGAUGCUGGAGAUCAUGCAGGAGAACGAUGAAGUGGUUCUAGUCAUGGGCUCCUCCGCCAACUUCGACAAUGUUCCGCUCUUCGUCAGAUCUGAUGCCAGCGUGGGGGUGGAGCCACUGUACCCCGUGGUGUGCAUGCGCGAGCGCGUCUUCGAGGAGCCGUCGUGCGCGCUGUCGCCCACCAAGCUGGCGACGAGGCUGCACUGCCUGCCCGCCGCCCUGCACUUCACGUCGUCGCCGCUUUCCCUAGUGCCGCUCAUUGAGAAGGCGCGGCAUCUGGUGCAGUGCAGCAACAACUGCCUGCAGUUCUGGGCAGGCUGCUGCUGCACGCUCGUCCUGCUGCAGCUCCUGGCCCUGCUUGCCGUCCUGCCGCCUGCCUUGCAUGCCGUGGACGUGAGUUUCCUGGUGCUGGUGACGCUGCCGCUGCUGACGCUGUCGCUGCUGGCGACGCCCCACAACCCUGAGGUCAUGAAGAUCGCCACGGGCAAGAAUAUCCUCGCGCCUAACUCUCAGCUGUUGCGCUAUGUAUGCACUCACUACGGCAGCAAGUUCCUGCCGUCUCUGUUCGUGUUGCUGCUCUGCAGUGGUCUUGCCCUCAGGAGCUUCUGUCAUUCUGUUGGUGGCAGACAUUCCACCAGCUCUGCCAGCUCUAAUGGCGACAGCGCUAAUGUCUCUACCAGCCCUACCGGGGACACUUCCUACGUCACAGUGCCAUCGUCUAUUGAAAUCGACCUCAAUGAUGCUGCUCUCAAUGCGUCUUCCAGCAAUGAGACGUUGAUUGAGAAACUUGCGCCAGCUGCAGCCAUUGUGGAGCCGUCAGCCCAGUGUUUUUACGUGUACAGAGUUGCAUAUGACAAGCAAGGAGAGCAGCAGCUGGUGGGGUGGGGCCCUCACUAUGCGGCGUCUGUACGCGGCGUUCAGUGCUGGACGGCCUUUGUAUUCUUGUCUUAUAUGUGCGUGGUAUCGGUGUCGUUCGUGCAUCGCUCGUCGCAAGUCUGGAAGAAGAAUCCCUUCACUAACGUCGUAUGGGCAGUCACCGUACCACUCGUCGUGACCCUGCAGCUGCUAUACACGUGGUUGGUGUGUGGGGACGCGGCUACGGCGCCUGCGAGAGCUGCUGAGGCGGGGCUGACGGCGCUGCCUGACGAGGCGUGGCUGACGGCGCUGCUGUGGGGGCUGCUGCUUCUGCCCAUCAAUGAACUGCUCAAGAGGAUGGAGAUCAGGGCCAACGUGCGUUAUCAGAAGAGAGCUAGACUCGAGUUCGGCACCAAGCUUGGCAUGAACUCGCCUUUUUAACAAGAAUUUUCAACCAUAUCCAACCAUAAUAUCCAGCCACAUCGAGGCAAAAUGGCUCGAAGCUUUCAAGCAGCUCCAGCGUUCACGUCUCUGGCAUUGCAGGUUCUCGUGUUCCAAUUCUACGUACGGUCAAUUUUCUGGAGACGAUUUUACACAAAUUUUAAUCAUCCAUUUAGAAUAUGUAUAGCUCUCGUUUCGCUAGAACUCAUUGUCCCGAAGAUAUAUUUCUUGCAAAUUUUUGUAUUGUGUAUCGAGGUAGAAUGAACCACAACGCUAUUUUAUUUAAAUUCAUUGAUGUUUUUGCAGUAUUUUAUCAGAAUUAUUGGCCACGAAACAUUCUCUUUAUUUCUGUUGAGUAUUUUAUGCAUAAUUGUUAUGCUUACUUAUGAAUAGUCCAGAUGAACGAAAAAAAUCUCAAUUAGAACUAAAUCAAAUUUCGGUUCGCUUACUUAAGACCCAGUUAGAAAUAACAGUCGUGUAAAGCAGCAAGAAUAAACUUGCGAAUGUUCCAAUGUGCCAAGUCGUGCCGGACGUUCUUUUGUUAACUUAUUUUAAGGUGUACGUUGUGAUUAUACUAGUGUAUAUUAAGUCCCAACUCAGUCAUUGUGGGCAUAUUUAUUCUAGUUUGAACAAAUUUCAAAAAAAUAUUUCUAAGGCCUUGUAUAUGUGUCUUCAGCCUGAGUAUUUAAGCUUUGCGUGCUCGUGCCAAAUCUUGUGUUCCGGAGACUUGGAUGGUUGAUGAUCCUGAGAGCCAAGCGUGGCAGGCCUCAUGCUAAUCCUAACCUUAAACACCACCUUGAAAUUACGCGGAAUACCCUUGUCUUCUGUACCAAUAUUCGCUCAAGCAUUAAGCGAUCGGUUCACCCUUCAUUUCCCCAAAAAUGUAGCCGAUCUGAGCCCCAUCAUGGGUAAUUGAAUCACAUUAGAAAUCUGAAGAAUAGAAAUCGAAUGGGUGCAUUGGAGGCAAGCUGCUGAAAUAAUGCUAAUUUUUUUUUCUUAAUUUCACUAUGAUACUUGUGGUGUUGUAAUGUUGACGAAGUUCUUCAAUUGCUUCCGAAUAUUUAUUAUAUGGCGUUAAAACGCAGCCUAAGCCAAAAUGAAUGUAUGUAAGGAGUCUUAUAACGAACGUUGAAUUUUUGAAAUUUGUUUUCGAAAUUUUGCUCUCUUCUGUGUGCAAAAUUAGGUCAUGAUCUUUUGCCUCUUAAUUUUUCUGAACGUACGGUAGCCAUGCUCCGUUUGUACUCAUUAUUUAUUUCUUAAAAUCCUCUGAAAAGCAUAUCGAUCGUCUUGCUGCGAUCAACCCCGUAUAGCUGGUUUGGUCAACUGUUUUAAAAUAUCUCACGUAUUGGAGUCUUCUAAUAUUUUUCUCGAGAGCUUAUCGCUCCAAUUCUACGGGUGAAAUUCUUUAUUGGUUCUCAAAAAUUUUUGGCUCUGGAUAUUUAUGUAUACUAAUUUAUUGUAUUUACAUAACAUUUUGUUUUGCAUGAUGUAAAAUUCUUGAAGUUGCUUAAACCUUACGGCUAAAACUUCUACUCGUGAACACAAUCACUAUUGCGGUCUGUAUUGUCUGAUAAGCAAGAAUAAAGUGCCAGAGUGUCGUGGUUGCAAGCGUUUGAGGCGAUGUCGACUGAAAAAUGGUGCAGAAUUUAUUACAAAUUAGCGGAAAACAAAUAAAACAAUUGUUCUUCCUAAUAAUUUUAAUAUUUUGAUAUUCUUUAGUUUCUACUACAGCAAUGUCGUAAUCAGUAUCCAAUUACGGAUGCAAAUAGAACUGUACACCCGAGUCUAGUGUGUAGUGAAGUAGAAAAUGUUCAUAUACUCGCAUAAUUUUGAGCGGCAUAAUGAUAGAUAAUUGUUUAUUAGUCAAGUUGAUUUUGCUGAUAUUUUUUCCAUUUAAUCUUUCAUAAGAACUAAUGCAUUAUCAUUUCCUAAAAAACUUUGUCUCGCAAAAGGUCAUAUUAAUGUAUUCUAACGGAAAAAAGUCAGGCCAAAUUUAAAUGAAGGCCACCAAACGCUGGCGUUGAUGUGCCAUAAAGACAGUGAUGGUACAUAGAAAUGGUGGUGGUGCAACUACAGAAGUGCACCUGUUGUCCUUGUAGUGUUAGUGUAAACCAGGGUUGUGAUCUUGUAUAAGUAUUUUCUGUGAUGAUCGUCGAGCAAUAAUUCAGGGCUUGGAUAAAAUUGAAGUAUUGGUUCUGAUUAUAUAUGUUCUUGUCUUGCGUGCCAACAUAAGGCUCUGUUGUAUGUUCUUCCAGUUUGUUCUAAAUUUUUGGGUCAGCAAUGACUGGAGUUUUAUUUUAAAAUUAACUUUAACUUCAGAAAAAUAUUCACCUUGACGUUUUUAGUUCUUGAUCUCCUGUUUGUUAUUGAGACAUACAUCUUAUUUCCGUCUGCUAAAUGGUAAUGAAGAACCCAUGUGUUGCAAGAGAAGACAUUUAUAUUGUUUAUGCGAUCUCCUCUAAAUAUCAAAA